CGAGCCAUGGUAACAAAAUUCCAACAAAGAAAAAGGGAAAAAAAAAAAAAGAAAAAAAAAGUAAAGGGGGAACCUCAUUUUUGCGUCUUUGAAGAGGAAAGGGACAGCAAAUCAAUUGUUUGUAGAAUCGAAAAGGACAGCUGAACAUCAUCCUGCCACCUCCUUCUUCAACUUCCUCUACACCCACUUUUCGGGAAGGUGGGGGUUCUUGAAAAUCUUCAAAAAUGGCAACAGAAUGUGGCAUUGUGGCAAAGGGUCAAGAAGAACAAAAUAUAUUAAUCUCGGAGAGGGAAAUUUUCGACCUCUGUGGACCUGUGCACCUAACUGCUAUUGACUGGGAAAAUGUUGCUCAUCAACGAUCUGUGGCUGCCAGUUUGGUUCAGGGCGUCUACAUCCUAGAGCGUGACAAGCAAGAAAAGCGGGAGGGAAGUCGAGCUCUCGCUCCUCCAUGGUGGAAACAUUUCCAAUUUGAGCUAUAUCGCGUGCUUGUUGAUGAUGUUGAUUCCUGCAUUUUUGGUGCUAUAUAUAAAUUUGCACCCUCAAAAUCUAAUUUUGGUGGUUCCAAAGAUAAAAGCCAACGAUUUGUUAUUGCUUUCCGUGGGACCUUAACCAAAGGUGAUGCGUUUACACGAGAUGUACAAUUGGAUGUCCACAUAAUCAAGAAUGGACUUCAUCGGACUUCUCGCUUUGAGACAGCCAUUCAAGCUGUUCGACAUGUGGUUGCAACAUUUGGAAGCUCAAAUAUCUGGCUAGCUGGUCAUUCCUUAGGGGCUGCAAUGGCAAUGCUUGCUGGCAAAACCAUGGCAAAGACUGGUGUAUUUCUAGAUGCAUUUUUGUUUAAUCCGCCAUUCUUGUCGGCCCCAAUUGAAAGAAUUAAAGAUCAAAAAGUGAAACAUGGAAUCAGAUUUGCAACUAGUGUUAUAACAGCUGGACUUGCUUUUGUUGCGAAGCAGAAGCAUAAAAACGUGAAUACUCAAUCUGGAGAUACAUUUGUUGCAUUAUCUGCAUGGACGCCAUGCAUAUAUGUGAAUCCAUCGGAUCCUAUCUGUGCGGAAUACAUUGGCUAUUUUGAACACAGGGAAAGGAUGAAUACUAUGGGAGCAGGAGUUAUCGAGAAGGUAGCAACCCAACAUUCGCUUGGUGGUCUUGUCAUGAAUUUCAUGGGGAAGGAGUGUGAUGAGCCAUUGCAUCUUAUUCCAUCAGCUAAUUUAACUGUUAAUUUGACUCCUCCGGCGGACUUCAAAGAAGCUCACGGGAUUCACCAAUGGUGGAAACCUGAUUUACUUGUAGAGUCCAAGAAACACCAGUUUACAUGAAUGAUGAUAUAAAACAAAUACUACUACUACACAUGAUAGAUGGUAUGUGUGUCUCAUUUGUUCCCAUGCUCGAGUAUAACUUUAUAGUUAUCGACACAUUACAUGUUGCUCUUAGCUUAAUGGCUGUGCCUUCUACUGGUGCUAAAGUUGUUUUACCGUUGCAUUGCCAUCUCUUGGUACCUUCGACUCCAGUUCUAUUCGUUCAUGUUUCUAUGCUUUGGUGAAUCCAUCUAUCCGUUCUGUUCCUCACCCUAUUCCCUAUUGUUGAGUGUGAAAAAUCGAAGUAGUGCAUACACUACUCAUUGUAUGUGUGUUUCUUUAAAAAUUAUACCUUUUCCUUUUAAGUCAUUCUCACAAUUUGAUCCAUAAUGAUAUUAUUUUUGCUAUAGAAGUAUCCCUUAUGAGCUUAUUUUUGUUUGGUAUUUUGUAUUCGAACUAAUGUUGCGUUUCAAGGGAAAAACUUUUGAGAUUCUUUUCACCUUUUUAGAAACUUGUUUGUCCUAUCGGGUCUUCGUGACAGAGAAAUCGAUUAGGACAACUCCCUAUGAUCUUUCAAAUAUAUAUAGUGCAAUAAGACAAGUCUCACACACACACAUCCAAGAAGGAACAUGGGGGGAAAUGGGGAGGAGUUGGAUCUGAAACUAUCAUAUUUAUAAAAGCAUAUGGUUAGAUAAAGACAACUAUGUCUUUUGCUAUCAUGUUGUUUUUGUAUAUUGUCCUGUCAUCAAUGAAACCUGCAGGUAUCCCUUAUCUGCUUUGUCACUGCAGCCAUUGAAGGUCUUUUAUUUGGAUACCGGAAAGUACAGCAAACUGCAAGCUGUAACAACUGGACCAUUUGCUCAGCAGUAUUCUGGUUAUGUUUAGGCAGCAUGGUAUCAAAAACAUCGAUGAUCGGUUUCUCUUGAAACAUGGAACGGAUCCACUUAGGUAAAUCUACUCCUUUGUUCUUGGUAAAUUCAUCUAGUGGAGCUUUACCAGUUAAUAGUUCCAAGAGUAGAACACCAAAGCUAUAGACAUCAGACUUUUGUGAGACUUCAUAAGCAUUCGUCACUUCUGGCGCGCGAUAUCCAGCCACAAGCUCUAGUUUUGUAUUGGGAGAAAGAAUUCGCGCAAUGGAAAACUCAGAUAGACGAACACCUGAUAAGGAGUUGGUGAGGAAAACAUUGGAUGAUCUUAUGUUUCCAUGGCAGAAAUUUGAGCCUCGGGAAUGGAGAAAUUCGACAGCACGGGCAACCCCAUAUGCAAUGCUGCUUCUUACUUCCCAGGUGAUUGAACCUUUGCUCAUCCCUUCAUUCCCUAUAUAUGGAUAUCAAUGUUAAAAGUCAGACCUUUCUAUAACGAUCUUCCUCUAUUACAAACACAAUAACCAUGUUUUUACGUAGAAUCGAUCAUUCAUGUUGUAUUA